AGCAUUUUGCAAAUGCGCAAUGACGUUGUAUCCUACAAUUGUAAAUGUCUUUGUACGAAUGUGUAAAAUGUAAUUGAAAAUUGCAUAGAUGUGCUGUUGUUAAAUGCAUUGGUCGUAAAAUGCGGAACGGUUAACUUUUGCUCAGUUAAAUACAUUCAUACUGUGCAGCUUUGCAGCAUUUAUAUGUAAAAUGCAUGUGUGCAUUGCAGUAAAAGGCAUUCAUGUAAGACGUAUUGAUUGAAAGGCAUUGCUGUAAAAUACAUUGAAACAUUGCUGUAUAAUGUAUUUUUGUAAAAUGCAUCUUGAUUAGUGAUAUUUAAAUUGUUUAGAUUUUCUAAAGUAUGAUCACUAAUGCUUGAUUAGAUAUGUGUUUUCUUUUCAAUAAUACAUAGUUACAUAGAACAAUAUCACACAAAUGUGUUCUUUAUAUAACAAAUAGAUAUUUAGAUUACCAAUGGAGAGACUCACAACUAAAGGCUUGUAAGGAAGGUGGCAUUGUUCUAAGUGACCGUACUUAUUACACAUUGGACGAAAUAAGCCAACAAAUAGCUGUUAAAAGUGAUGUGAUAGAAAACAAAGUUCCAGUCGACAUCAGAAUAAACAAAAUUUCAUGUAUUGAAAGCGUUAUACAUACAAACGAUGAAAAUAGGUAUGUUUGUUACGGGGACAAUACGACGAUACCAAAAUCUGAGGUAUGUAACUAUGACGUAGAUGCAGCGGGUUAUAUGACUGGAUGUAGGUCAGGAAUUCAUCUGCAAGACUGCGAGGAUUUCGUCUGCCCCCCAAAUACAGUUAAAUGUCCAGAUAGUUUUUGCAUUGCUCUUCGUUUUGUGUGUGACGGGAUGGCCCAGUGUCCUGGUGAAGAGGACGAACACAAUUGCUCAUGUGUUAGUGGGGACAAAGAAGUUAUCAUUUUGAUAGAGGAUACAAAACAACAGAUAAGCAGUAAAAGGGCCGCAGCAUUAUUAGCAAAACAAUUCAAACAUGGGAACAAUAAAGUAAGAAUACUUUCUUACCAGGCGAAGACAAGAUUAGACGACUUUCCUCUCAUACAUCGACUGCUAGAAAUACGUGAAGAAAACAUUGAUAGCUUCGACGCAUUAAGUUCCGAUUGCACAUAUAAGACUAUGGCUAGAAAUUUUCUCCCAUCUUUACAGUUUAAAAACGAUGUAGGGAAGUUUCUUAUUUUUAUUGAAGAUAGUGUUGAGUCAUCUACAGUUGCUAGGAUUAUGUUUUCUAAUAUAUAUAGACCAGAAUUUACCAUAUAUCGUGUCAUCAGAAAUUUCAGUUUUUUAACCAACCUUGAUCACACCUACGAAUUUGUAAAAGAUGUACGCAUCAAUAAAUGGAGUUCACUACAUUCGAUAGGAUACAGGCAUUUCCCAGAAAUAUGCAAAGAGGUUUCACAUGUGCCGUGUGCUGGUGGUUUUAGGUGCUUAUCCAGUAAACAAUGUAUACCUCUUCACCAAGUAUGUGAUGGCAUAGUCCACUGUAUGAAUAAAGAUGACGAACAAAUGUGUGGUUUUAGAUGUCAUUAUAAAUGCAAUUGUGUAGACAGCGCGGUUGAUUGCCGAAAAGCUAAUUUAACUAUUUCAGAUAUACAUGACCUGUCAAGGAGAACUCGAAGCGCCGACUUAAGCUAUAACUAUGGAAUAACAGAUAUUUUAUCAAAAGAAAACAUUCACUUUCCUUUCAUGUUGUUCCUUGAUGUGUCAAACUGUCGUAUAGAAGUUGUAAGCAGUAUGGCAUUUUCAGACAUAAACAAUUUAUUGAAACUCAACAUUAGCCACAAUAUAAUAAAAAAACUUUCUGACAACGUAUUUAGAGAUCUUCGACACCUAGUCGAGCUAGACCUUGAUGGAAAUUCAGAAUUAGAAGAAAUAUCUGCUUCAGCAUUUCAAGGUUUACAAAGUAUUAAAACCUUAAGAAUAUCGGGAACGAAAUUAAAGAAAAUCGCAACCUUAACAUUCUCAAAUUUGAAAUUGGAAAGUAUUGAUAUAUCAAAUAAUGAAAUUCGUGAAAUUGAAAAUUUUGCUUUUAAUAAUACGUCGGUUAAAAAGAUCAAUUUUGAAGGCAACAAUAUACUCGAAUUCCAUCAGUUCAUUUUUUCAGAUGUUGUUGCUUUGAUUGAAUUACGUACACCGGCGUAUAAAUUUUGUUGUAUACGACCGUGUUAUGUCAAAGAAAGUAACUGUUAUCCGUCAAAGAAUGAGUUUUCAUCUUGUGACGACUUAAUGAGACAUCCAAUUCUGCAGGCAGUUUUAUGGCUGGUUGGAAUAGCUUCAUUACUUGGAAAUCUCGCAUCAAUUGUCUAUCGUGUUGUAUAUGACAGACAACGACUUAAGAUUGGUUAUGGAAUAUUCGUAACGAAUUUGGCAUCUGCAGAUUUCCUUAUGGGAAUAUAUCUUAUUGUAAUAGCGUUUAUCGAUACUAUUUAUAGAGGCAGGUAUAUUUACAUGGACGACCAAUGGCGAAACAGUAUAUGGUGUACCCUAACCGGAUUUUUGUCAACCGUAUCUUCUGAAGCAAGCGUCUUCUUUUUAUGCCUUAUAACAAUCGAUAGACUCCUUGUUAUCAAAUAUCCUUUUGGACACGUAAGGUUUACACCAAUGAAAGCUUAUAUUUGCUGUUUAAUUUGCUGGAUCAUUGCAGUAUCUCUUGCGGUUAUUCCUAUUAUCCACACAGGCUAUUUCAAGAACAAGUUCUACUCCAGAUCUGGAGUAUGCAUUGCAUUACCUUUGUCACGUGAUAAACCUCCGGGCUGGAUGUAUUCCGUUUCAAUAUUUGUCGGCUUAAAUUUCAGCACAUUUAUCCUUGUUGCAUUUGGUCAGUUGUCAAUCUUCUUAGAACUUCGAAAAUCUAGCAUGGUUGGCAAGAAAACACAGAAAUCAAGAAAAAGAGAUCUACAAGUAGCGAAAAAUCUUAUCCUUGUUGCAACAACCGAUUUCCUUUGCUGGUUUCCAAUUGGAUUAAUGGGAAUACUUUCAUUGAAUGGAUACACUAUUUCUGGAGAUGUAUACGCAUUUACUGCAGUGUUUAUACUUCCUUUUAACUCGGCAUUGAAUCCUUUUCUGUACACACUUUCAGCAAUAAUUGGCAAAAAAAGCUUCAAUCCAAGCCUAGAUGAACAGAGUAGAACAGAAAUGCAGAAAGAGAUAGGUUCAGCUAUCUUGAAUUACACAGAUUUUAGCCGAUCGGUUAUAACUAAACGAGAAAUUGUGCCAGAUGGGAAAACGAGAAGAAUCAAGGAUGUUCUUGAUGACGAUGAAAACAUGUCUGUAGCAAGUGUAACUGCAAUAUCCUAUCACCUUGCUAACUAUCUUAGUCUUCUCCAUGAAUCAAGUGUUGGAAUUGAAGAACUUUCAGAAACUAACACCUUCAUCCCAUAUGGAAAGAAAAAAGCAAAAAACCCAAUCAUAGUCCUUGAUACGAAAAUGACACUUGCAAUCGACGAUCGAAAGAAAGCUGAUAAUAUCUAUCAAUAUGGGUGCCUUUUACGAAAGAUGAUAACAAGAUGUAAGGCAAACGACAAAACAAUUCCGAACGAGGGAAACGUGCAGAACUUAUAAUCCUUGUAUGUAAGAAUAUAAUAUGUUUGGAUUAGGUCAAAUAGUGUGCUGUAUGAAGAAAAGAAUAGAAAUGUACGCCAUUUUGAAGAUGAAAGAAAGAAAUUUCCUUAUAACAAAAACAAUUUUGUUAAAAUUACAUGUCCGAGAUGUUAACGAUUUUGAGUAUGAGUAGUAAGACAAACGUUUAUAAAAAUCAAGACAAGUCGUUCUGAAUUUAUUGUUAGUAUAAAUAUUGUUGUUUAAACUUUACUGUUGUUAUAAACGUGUUUGCUGUUGUUAAGAAAUAAUUGUAGAAAUUAGUGUCACUGACAUUUCUUUUGACAAUAGCUUAAAAGGAAACCUGUGGAAUAUUAUUAAUUUUAUGUCUAAAGUGAUAUUUCUGUCUAAAAUAGUGUUCAUAUUUUUGGUUGUCUAGAACAUCUGUCCGCCUAAAUAACUUGAUUACAAUAAAUAAAUUUAAGAAUUAGUACUUUGAUUAUUCUUUAAAGUAAUUUAUUUAUAAGUAUUAUAUCUAAUAUUUGUUUAUAUCCAAUGUGUUAUUUGCUUUAUGAUUAUAUUGAAAUGAAAAGGAAUACUUGGAUGACCAUUCGAUUAUUGUAUUUAUCAUUGCUUAAUAGUUAAAGUAACCUUUUCAUAUUGUAUCAUUGCAAAGAAUUCAGACCGUUUUUUUGUUAAUUUCACCAAAACGUUUUCGUAAGAAACAAAUUUGCUUUAAAUGAAGACGUGCUUAAUUGCAAAGUAUAAGUAAUACAAUAUGGAAUACACAACCUAUAGACAAUGCAGACAAAAAUACGUCUUGAGUUUGAAUUAUAAAGAAACAAUACUACAAUGUAUAAUUGUAAAUUGAUACUUUUUAAACCGUGAUGAACGUUGAUAUUACUUAAAUGUGUAUACCUAUAUAUUUUCUUUUUGUUGUUGUUGUUUUUAAUAUCGUAAUUGUUUAUAAUAUCUUCGUGAGUAUGAACAACAGUUACUGAUGUUCCAUGUGUUGCUGUUGUUAACAAAAUAUUCAUUAGUGGUUUUUUUUGGUGUCACUGACGUAAAUUUUUGAUUAAAACUAUCAAUUUUUAUAACACGCGAGGUAUUUACGCACGCGUAAAAUGUUUGCGGAGGAACGGUCAUCUGUGCACUACAAACCUUUAAAAUUUAAAAAAGCCGAAUUAAAUGCUACAGAGACGAAUUUCUGUUAAGAUUUGCGCAGUUGUUGUAAUUAAAGGAGAAGCGUUACGACACGAAAAUUCGAUCGUGUCCGUACUAAAAGUACUCGUUUAAUGCUAUGACAGGACGGUUACGCUUAAAUAAAUGCUGUAUAUGCCAGGAAUCUGACACCAUCUGUCUUAUUUAUAUAUUAACAAUGCAGCUCCUAAUGGUUUAUCAUAAUGCCUUGAACAUAUAUCAAUUAUAUCCCGAUUAAGCGAUAUAUAAACUUUGAAUUAGCAAAUGAACAACGAUUAACGUUCAAAUUGUGCAUAAGCGUAGUAUAUAAGGCAUUAAAGGCAUCAGACCCGUUACCAAAUCUAACAAAAAUGAAGCAGGACAUGUGUGACGUCGCUUUCUAUAUUAAAGGCGGCUAUUUAGGUUUUAGAAACUUAAACUAUGUUCUCGCAGCACUUGCAUCUUAAAAGCCAAAAAAAACAAAA